AUGGCCACACGCUCUUUCACGACCUCUGCUGCCCAGCGCAAAGAUGAGCAGCCGAAGCUCAGCAGUUUCCUCGAAGAUCUCUACGGCAAGGCUCAGCCUGAAGAGAAGACCCAAGCACCCGAGACCAACUCCAUGAGCUCUCUGACUGGGAGCUCCAUCUUCAAGUCUUUUGACAGCAGCUCCGGCGGCAGUCGCAUCGACGUCAAUGCCCUCCUCAACGGCACAUCGACACCAACCGGCCAGGGUCGCGACCUACCCACCACCGAAACAUUGGAGCCGUACCACUUCCAUGUGUACGCACACAAGCACAACACACACGUCACCUGCACACGCCCGAACCGCGAACCCAUAGUAUCAAUGUCAUGCGGCAACCUCGGCUACCGCAAGAGCAGGAGGUCCACAUUUGAUUCGGCGUACUCUUUAACGAAGUAUGUCAUCGAACGGUUGAUUCACAAGGGGAUACCGCCCAAGAUCCACAAGCUGGAGGUUGUGUUGCAAGGAUAUGGUCAGGGGAGAGAGGGCGCAUUGAAGGUAUUGAUGAGCCCAGAGGGGAAGAUACUACGCGACAAGGUCGUCAGGGUGGCAGACUCUACCAAGCUCAAGUUUGGUGGUACGAGGAGUCCCAGGCCGAAGCGUCGUUGA